UUCCUCAGCGAGUUUGUUCAGCUAGUCGACAAGAACAGGUACCUAGUUGUCUUGGAAGGCUUGUCCACCAUGGCAGAGUGGGAUUCUGUCAGGACGUUCCUUCCCGACAGAAAGAAUGGCAGCUGGAUCAUUGUGUCCUCACAGCAGUACGAAAUUGCAAGUUUGUGUGUGGGACAUCCAUAUUCGCCUGUGGAACGCUCAUUAUCUUUCACUGAGCACUCCGUUUGUGCCUUCUUGAGAGAGGGUUCUCAAGACGCUAUAUCAACAGAGUAUGACCCGAGCCAUAACCAGAUGAAUGGCCAUUACUCUUACCACAGGAAACCCAACUCUAAAACGAAAGCAGCCAGGGACUGGAUGCAGAAUUCUCCCCUUGUUGGAUGCAGAUUGCAGACGAAUCAACUUCGUCACUAUACAGUUCAGGCGCAAAUGAACCAUUCCCAAGUUGUGUCUGUUUGGGGGAUGGCUGGCGUUGGAAAAUCAGCUCUUGUCAGAAACUUGUACUACGACAGGGUAAUUGAGAAUCAGCAAUUUCAAGAGUACGGUUGGGUUGGUUUAUCACACUCCCAAUCCUUUAAUUUGAGGGAUUUUUCACGGAGCUUGCUACUGGAUUUUCAAUCAGAAUCUCUUCAUAGUAUCGUGGGGCUCAAAGACGCUGUCGGAAAGUGUUGUGAGCUUCUAAGUACACGCCGGUGCCUUGUUGUCAUCGAUGGUCUUCAGUCCAUACACGAAUGGGAUUUGAUACAAUCUUCAUUGGUAUCUAGACACUCCAAAUCUAAAACAGUUUUCAUUGUGAUAACAACUGAAGCAAGUGUUGCAGCAUAUUGUGCAGAAAAUGAAGAGCUUGUGUUUCGUGUCAAAGCUCUAGAAGCUGAUGCAGCCUUUGAUCUAUUAAAAAAUGAGGUAUCUAAGAAGACUCCAUUACCCGUUUCAUUGUCUUAUCGUGGAAAUGAAGUGCUGCCAGAACUUAUUUCAAAGUGCGGGGGGCUUCCCUUAAUAAUAGUUGCUGUAGCCAGCAUAUUGGCUACCAAGGGAGGCACAUGGAUGGAUACUGCUAGUUCCAUCAAUCUAAGGUUUAUGCAUGAGAUAGAGAUCAACCCCGAGUUUGAGUGCCUAUGGGAUCUAUUUAGUUGGAUGCAUUCCUGCUUCCGUAGUUGCCCAGAUUCUGUCAAGCCAUGUAUCUUUGACCUAUCACUUUUUCCUCGAGACUACAACAUUCGGCGAAGGCGCCUAAUAAGGCGUUGGAUUGCUGAUGGCUACUCCCAGGACAGCGAUGGUAAAUCUGCUGAGGAGAAUGGGGAGGAGUUCUUCUCCAAGCUCCACAAUCUGAGCAUAAUCCAACAGCAACCAGAGUCAGCCACGUUUAGUGACAUAAGGAUGGUCUUGUGUCGAGUCAAUGGAUUUUUGCGCGAGUGCAUCUGCUCACAGGGAAUGCAGGAGAACCUUGUAUAUGAACUUGCCGGCACUUGCAGCCUCCCCCAACGCACUGGGCGUCAUCUUGUCAUAUUGGAAAGCUGGGGUAGGGAUAGGAUUGUGCUCGAGAGCAUUGACUUGUCAAGGCUGCGGUCAAUGACAGUGUUUGGGGAGUGGAAACCAUUCUUCAUCUCCCAGAGCACGAAGCUUCUCAGGGUGUUGGAUCUGGAGGAUGCAGUCGGUGUAACAAAUGAUGAUGUCGAGCAGAUGGUCAAGCUGUUGCCUUGCCUCAUGUUCCUCUCCCUACGAGGAUGCGACCAGAUCUUCCAGCUGCCUAGGUCAUUAGGUGAUCUGAGGCAGCUUCAGACUUUGGAUGUGACAAACACAUCCAUAAUCACUCUGCCAGCAUCCAUCACCAAACUACAAAAGCUCCAGUACAUUCGUGCCGGCGCUGCUGCAACCGCAUCACAGGGACCAACAGCAACCACAGGAAAUGACCAAACACCACAAGCUAUUGUGCCCGUGGUUUCCGGGUUUUUCAUACCUGACCAUCCUCUUCGUUGUGUUGUGCCCAGAGGGAUUGGGAAACUGACGGCAUUGCACACUCUAGGUGUUGUCAAUAUUGGUGCUUCAGAGGGGGAGGCCAUACUGAAAGAGCUAAAGAAUCUCACCCAAUUGCGCAAGUUGGGUGUGUUCGGCGUCAGCAGGAAAAAUAGUGAGGCGUUUUCCUCCGCAAUAUCAAGUCAUGUCCAUUUGAGAUCCUUGUCAGUGUGGCUCGAGGAAGAAAGCAGAGGUUGUUUAGGUGACAUGUCCCUGCCUUUGGAGAACUUACUAAGCCUUAAACUGUAUGGGCUUCGGGACAGGUUGCCAGUUCUACAGGUCAACCAGCUUAGCAAGCUCACAAAGUUACAUUUGAAGAUGAACACUUUAAUGGACGAGGCCAUAGAGUCCCUUGGCAAGCUACCAAAACUAUGCAUUCUACGCCUUUGUGUCAACCAACCUGAAUAUGGCCAGCUCCGUUUUCAUGUCUUUACGGAUGGACUUGAGGAGCUCUCUUAUCAGAAGGUGAAGGUCCUUGACAUUGCUUGCAGGUCCAGCGUACAUGUCAAUUUUGGAUCAAAAGCAAUGAAAAAACUAGAGCUGCUGACAGUUGAGUGCUACUAUGGGUCAUCGUAUCAGUUUUCUGGCCUGGGUCAUCUAUCUCAACUGAAGGAAGUCUGGCUGAAGGGUUCCUACGAGGAAGCACUGAAGGAACAACUGCAGGGCCAGCUUGCAUCCCAUCCAAUGGAACCUGUGCUGAAGCUGGAGGAGUAAAUACCACCUUCGUCGACCUGAUGGGUGCUAAUUAAGCUCUGGAUGGUUCACGCAUUUCCCCCUUUGACUUAUCAAUCAAAAAGCUUGGUACUUCUUCUAUUUCUGUUCCACAUCAUGGCAGUAAUUAAACACUGAAACAUAUUGGGUACUUCUUCUAUUUCUGUUCUGCAUCUUCAACAUAAAUGCCUUCCAAGUGGAUGUGUGAGUUUGUAUACAAGGAUUGGACCUGUGUAAUGGGUGCUAAGCUCUGGCCGAUUCAUGCAUUUCCCCCUUUCAAUCAAAA